CCUCAGCCCCCGCCUCUCCGAGCCCGGAAGGAAGCUGCGGCAGAGGAGGGGGCGCCCGGGAUGCCCCUAGCGCGCCUCACCUGCGGGAGGGCCCGUCCCGGGCUUUUAUCUUCUGAGACGGGCCUGCGGGGGGAAGGCGCUGAUUAGUCCAUCCUUCCUGCCACCGCCCACCCCCAGCUUCCACGCAGCCGUAGCCGCCAGCUCGCCGCCGGGGGCCCUGCAACUCGCCCCCGCGCUCCUCCUCACGCUUCUCCUCCUUGCCCCCGCCGGGCCAGGCCUGGAGCCGGGAGCUUCACCCUCGCACCCCCCUACUCCGGACGCACUCGCCGAGAGGGCGGUGACUGCGGGGAGGGAGGGGCGCCGCCCGCCUCCCGGGGCCUGGAGCGCUCGUGGCCCCGGAGCCGCCAGCGCCGCGCGGGGACUCACUGUGCAACGCGCAGCGCCCUGACUCGGCUGGCUCCGCUCGGCGCGCGGGCGGGCCAGAGGAUGCUGGCGGGCUUCCCCGGCUUCGGCCCUCGCUCGCGCCGCGGAGGGCCCCGGGUGCGCCCCUAGCCGCGCCGUCGCGACCACUGCGGGGCCAGAGGGAGGGGGCCGGCCGCGCACGCCGGCCCCGCGAGCCGCAGCCCUAGGGGCGGGCGCCCCCGAAUUUUCCAGCCUCCGUCGCCGCCUCCUCCUCCUUCCUCCUGCGGCCGGGCGCCUGUGGAUGCUGAGGGGCAGCCCUGCGCCUCUCCCGGCCGGAUUCCCGGCCUGACGGCGGGAGAGUCGCGCCCCGGCCGGGGACCGUGGCUCUGGCGGGUCGGCGCGGCUCCGCGGGGAGCAGCCCCCGGGCGCGUUGAGCCCUCCUGCCCCCUCCCGCUGCACGCGUGACUCGGCCUCGCAGCCCGCGAGGGGACCGGCCCGGACCACGCCGCUCCGGAGUUCCCGCACAGUUCCAGAUGGUCAGUGCUGCCUGUGCCGGGGAAGCCAGCUCUGUGUUCCUGCCCGAGGGGGCCGGCCGUCAGCCUGCCCCAGGUCCCCGAGAGCCCUGGUAGGUGGCCCCAGAGUCCUUCCUCUGUUCCCCGUCCGCUUCUCCAGAGCCAGUAAAAGCAGACACCAGCCAGGAUGCCGAGGACCCAGGGCUUCUCCGAUCCUGAGUACUCGGCCGAGUACUCAGCCGAGUACUCCGUCAGCCUGCCCUCUGACCCUGACCGCGGGGUGGGCCGGACCCAUGAGAUCUCUGUCCGGAGCUCGGGAUCCUGCCUGUGCCUGCCUCGCUUCAUGCGGCUGACCUUCGUGCCGGAGUCCUUGGAGAACCUGUACCAGACCUACUUCAAGAGGCAGCGCCACGAGACGCUGCUGGUGCUGGUGGUCUUUGCGGCCCUCUUCGACUGCUACGUGGUGGUCAUGUGCGCGGUGGUCUUCUCCAGGGACAAGCUGGCUCCCCUUGCCGUGGCCGGGGUCGGGCUGGUGUUGGACAUCGUCCUCUUUGUGCUCUGCAAAAAGGGGCUGCUGCCCAACCGGGUCACCCGGAAAGUGGUGCCCUACCUGCUGUGGCUGCUGAUAACAGCCCAGGUCUUCUCCUACCUGGGCCUGAACUUCUCCCGCGCCCAUGCAGCCAGCGACACGGUGGGCUGGCAGGCCUUCUUUGUCUUCUCCUUCUUCAUCACGCUGCCGCUCAGCCUCAGCGCCAUCGUCAUCAUCUCUGUGGUCUCCUGCAUCGUGCACACGCUCGUCUUGGGGGUCACCGUGGCCCAGCAGCAGCGGGACGGGCUGAAGGGGAUGCAGUUGCUGAGGGAGAUUCUGGCCAAUGUCUUCCUCUACCUGUGCGCCAUCGUUGUGGGCAUCAUGUCCUACUACAUGGCGGACCGCAAGCACCGCAAGGCCUUCCUGGAGGCCCGCCAGUCGCUGGAGGUGAAGCUGAACCUGGAGGAGCAGAGCCAGCAGCAGGAGAACCUUAUGCUUUCCAUCCUGCCCAAGCACGUGGCAGACGAGAUGCUGAAGGACAUGAAGAAGGAUGAGAGCCAGAAGGACCGGCAGCAGUUCAACACCAUGUACAUGUACCGCCACGAGAACGUCAGCAUCCUCUUUGCCGACAUCGUGGGCUUCACCCAGCUGUCUUCAGCCUGCAGCGCCCAAGAGCUCGUGAAGCUCCUCAAUGAGCUCUUUGCCCGAUUCGACAAGCUGGCGGCCAAAUACCACCAGCUGCGGAUUAAGAUUCUGGGCGACUGUUACUACUGCAUCUGUGGGCUGCCGGACUACCGGGAGGACCACGCCGUCUGCUCCAUCCUCAUGGGGCUCGCCAUGGUGGAAGCCAUCUCGUAUGUACGGGAGAAGACGAAGACCGGGGUGGACAUGCGAGUCGGGGUGCACACGGGCACCGUGCUGGGGGGUGUCCUAGGCCAGAAGCGCUGGCAGUACGACGUGUGGUCCACCGAUGUCACCGUGGCCAACAAGAUGGAGGCCGGCGGCAUCCCCGGGCGCGUGCACAUCUCCCAGAGCACCAUGGACUGCCUGAAAGGCGAGUUCGACGUGGAGCCAGGCGACGGGGGCAGCCGCUGUGAUUACCUAGAUGAGAAGGGCAUCGAAACCUACCUCAUCAUUGCGUCCAAGCCAGAGGUGAAGAGGACAGCCGCCCAAAAUGGCCUCAGUGGCUCGGCUCUGCCGAACGGAGCGCCACCUUCCUCAAAGCCCGGCUCCCCUGCCCUCAUUGAGACCAAGGAGCCUGACGGGAGCAUCCACACCAGUGGCUCCACGUCCGAGGAGCCAGAUGCCCAGGCUGACAACCCCUCAUUCCCCAACCCUCGCCGGAGGCUGCGGCUUCAGGACCUGGCCGAUCGCGUGGUGGACGCCUCCGAGGACGAGCACGAGCUCAACCAGCUGCUCAACGAGGCCCUGCUGGAGCGGGAGUCCGCCCAGGUAGUGAAGAAGAGAAACACCUUCUUCCUGUCCAUGCGGUUCAUGGACCGCGAGAUGGAAACCCGCUACUCGGUGGAGAAGGAGAAGCAGAGCGGGGCCGCCUUCAGCUGCUCCUGCGUCGUCCUGCUCUGCACCGCCCUGGUUGAGAUUCUCAUCGACCCCUGGCUGAUGACAAACUAUGUGACCUUCGUGGUUGGCGAGGUCCUGCUCCUGACUCUGACCGUCUGCUCGCUGGCUGCCAUCUUUCCUCGGGCCUUUCCUAAGAAGAUCGUGGCCUUCUCGACUUGGAUCGACCGGACGCGCUGGGCCAGGAACACCUGGGCCAUGCUGGCCAUCUUCAUUCUGGUCAUGGCAAACGUCGUGGACAUGCUUAGCUGUCUCCAGUACUACAUGGAACCCACCAACGGCACCUCAGGGGUGCAGAUAGAGGACGGCUGUGUGGAGAACCCCAAGUAUUACAACUACGUCGCUGUGCUGUCCCUCAUCGCCACCAUCAUGCUGGUGCAGGUCAGCCACAUGGUCAAGCUGACACUCAUGCUACUCAUCGCAGGGGCUGUGGCCGUCAUCAACAUCUACGCCUGGCGCCCCAUCUUUGAUGAAUACGACCGCAGACGCUUCCAGGAACACGACUUUCCGAUGGUGGCCUUAGAGAAGAUGCAGGUACUUUCCAGCCCUGGGCUCAAUGGCACUGACAGGCUGCCCCCGGUGCCUUCCAAGUGCUCCAUGACGGUGAUGAUCUUCGUCAUGAUGCUCAGCUUCUACUACUUCUCCCGCCACGUGGAGAAGCUGGCACGGACACUGUUCUUAUGGAAGAUUGAGGUCCACGACCAGAAGGAACGUGUCUAUGAAAUGAGACGCUGGAACGAGGCCUUGGUCACUAACAUGUUGCCUGAGCACGUGGCACGCCAUUUCCUGGGGUCCAAGAAGAGAGACGAGGAGCUGUACAGUCAGUCGUACGACGAGAUCGGAGUCAUGUUCGCCUCCCUGCCCAACUUCGCUGACUUCUACACGGAGGAGAGCAUCAAUAACGGUGGCAUCGAGUGUCUGCGCUUCCUCAAUGAGAUCAUCUCAGAUUUUGACUCUCUCCUGGACAAUCCCAAGUUUCGGGUCAUCACCAAGAUCAAAACCAUUGGCAGCACCUACAUGGCAGCUUCAGGAGUCACCCCAGAUGUCAACACCAACGGCUUUACCAGCUCCAACAAGGAGAAGUCAGACAAGGAGCGCUGGCAGCACCUGGCGGAUCUGGCCGACUUCGCACUUGCCAUGAAAGACACGCUCACCAAUAUCAACAACCAGUCCUUCAACAACUUCAUGUUGCGCAUUGGCAUGAACAAAGGAGGGGUACUGGCUGGCGUCAUCGGAGCCCGGAAACCACACUAUGACAUCUGGGGCAAUACAGUCAAUGUAGCCAGCAGGAUGGAGUCCACAGGGGUCAUGGGCAACAUUCAGGUGGUGGAAGAAACUCAAGUCAUCCUCCGAGAGUACGGCUUCCGCUUCGUGAGGAGAGGGCCCAUCUUCGUGAAAGGGAAGGGGGAGCUGCUAACCUUCUUCUUGAAGGGGCGAGAGAAGCCGGCCACGUUCCCUAACGGCUCCUCGGUUACACUGCCCCACCAGGUGGUAGACAACUCCUGAAUGGCCUCGAGCCCUACGAGAGUCCACACGGGAGGGAGAGUUUAUUUUCUGGAAUCAAAGGCAGGCCUUGGGAAAGGACAAAUGACCAAGUCCCAACAUUCCCAAGCUGUUGAAGUGCACACUCACGUAGACUUUAGGUUCAUUUGUUUAUGGAUGUGUGGGCUCUGAGGGCAGCCAUACUAUUCCUUGGUGUGCCUGUAGCUUCCCCAGAGAGUAGGGCUCUUGGGCAUAUAGUACUGGAAUAAUCCUUCCAGAGCCCUAGUUCUGACCAGCCCUCCUCCCCCAGAGAGGCCGUGGCCACUGUGAGCAGGAAUGUACCAGAGGCGGAACAAGGCUGCUGCCUUUGGGCCCGGCUGGGAGCACAGGUGGGGCAGCUCUGUUUGCGGCGAGGGCUGGCAGCGGCUCUGUCCCCAGCUCGAACUUGGAAGCCGUGCUUUUCAUUCUGAAGACCUGCUUGCCUCUGUGGUCCGAGUUACGUGAAAUGGGCCUCGUCCUGAUAAUCUUGAAAGGUUCUUCUGGAACCCCAGUCACCUUAGUCAUGAGAGCAGAAAGUGCAAUAUUUCCUUUUACCUGGUGGGA